AUGAAAUUACAUCCAAUAUUUUUUGAACCUGAAGUUCAUUCAACUAUUUUUCUAAUUAUUAAUUUAAUUGGUUCGAUUAUUGUUCGUCUUAUUAUUCAUUCAUGGCCAUUAACAAUAUUUUGGUCAUGUUUUUAUAUUAUUAUUGUCUUUUUAAUUAAUCAUAGUUUAGCUUCUGGUCGUUAUUAUUUGCCAACUAAGAAUAUUCAUGAUAAAACUGUUAUUGUUACUGGUGCAGCAACAGGUAUUGGUCGUAUUUGUGCAAUUCGAUUUGCAAAACUUGGUGCACGUGUUAUUAUUGGUGUUCGAGGUCAAGAACGUGCAGAACGAAUAGCAAAAGAAUUAUGUAAAGAAUCAGAUGGUGGAACAGUUAUUGGAUAUGAUCUUGAUUUAUCAAGUUUAGCAAAUGUAAAAAAAUUUGCCGAAAAAAUUGAAUGUGUUGAUAUCUUAUUAAAUAAUGCUGGUGGUAUACAAAAUACAUAUUCAGUAACAGUUGAUGGAAUUGAAAAACAAUUUGGUACAAAUCAUAUUGGUCAUUUUUAUUUGACUCAACUUUUAUUAUCUUUACUUACUAAUGGUCGUGUUAUUAAUGUUAGUAGUAUAGUUCAUCAUAUAGUUCCAUCAAGAGGCAUUGAUUAUACAUUUUCAAAAUUAAAAAACAAAUAUAAUUCGGCAGAAGCAUAUGCAAUAUCAAAAUUAGCACAAAUCUAUCAUGCUCUUGAAUUAACACGUCGUUAUGGUAUCAAAGCUUAUUCAUUACAUCCUGGUACAAUUAUGAAUACAAAUCUUAAUCAAUUUAGACCUUUAAUAGAACGAAUUAUUAUUACAUUAUUUUCUGUAAUUGGUAGAACAGUAGAACAAGGUUCUAUGACAUCUCUUUAUUGUGCAUUAUCUGAUGAUGCUAAACCUGGUCAUUAUCAUUCAAAUUGUCAAGUAAGAAAACCAAGUCAAUUAGCAUUAGAUAAUUAUCGAGCUGAAGAAUGUUGGAAUGAAAGUGAAAAAUUAAUUAAUAAAAAAAUUAAAUGA